CACGAGCUUUCCUAAAUAGAUCCAGAGUGUCAGUUGAGAAGAAGACGACGAAAUAAAGAUGAGUCUCACUGCUAAGGACAAGUCUAUCGUCAAGGCCUUCUGGGGCAAAGCGUCCUCCAAGGCCGAUGACAUCGGGGCUGAAGCUUUUGGCAGAAUGCUCACCGUAUACCCCCAGACAAAGACUUACUUCGCCAGUUGGUCCGACCUGAGCCCCGGAUCCGCUGCUGUGAAGAAGCACGGAAGAACUAUCAUGGGCGGAAUCGCUGAGGCGGUUGGCCACAUUGAUGACCUUACUGGCGGUUUGGCCUCGCUCAGUGAACUGCACGCUUUCAAGCUGCGGGUGGACCCUGCUAACUUCAAGAUUCUUGCGCACAACCUCAUAGUGGUCUUGGCCUUGUUCUUCCCUGCGGAUUUCACUCCUGAGGUUCACAUGGCUGUUGACAAGUUCUUCCAGAACGUGGCCUGGGCUCUGUCCGAGAAGUACCGCUAAACCGCCCAUAGGAGCGGAGUAUCCAAUGAUGCAGUUCUAUGCUGACAUAAAUAUGUCUGAAUAAAGUCCCAUUAAUACAGCA